CCACCCCCUCCCUCGCCCAUCUUCCUUCUUUCGCUCUUUCUUUCGCUCUCUUUACUUCUUCUCUCUUUCCUUCAACUCUCCCUUUCUCUUUCUCUCUCUCCCUCACUUGUAGAACUCAAUUAUAUAUUACAUAUAACAAAUUGUUCUAUAACAGAAGAAAAGGGCAGUCAGCAGAAAACAAUAAAUCCCUGAACACCAAAUUCUUUUUGACGUUCAUACAAAAAAGAAUAUAACAACAACAAGCCUUCAAUUAUAUUCAAUCCCUCUCGCUCCCUUUCUCUUAUAUAUAUACAAACAUAUAUAAAAACAACCAACCAAGCAAAGAAAGAAAACAAAUAAACAUGCGCUCUGCAAUCCUUUGUCUCGCAGCUCUUGCCCAGCUCGCUCUCUCUGCUUCGGCCGAACCCAUGAAGAUUCCUCUUUACAAGCGUAGCAACGACUUUGUAAAGGCUGGCGGAAAGGAACUUUCCAAUGGUGUUUUGUCUGGUACUGUUCAGAUUGGUACUCCUCCCCAGGAGUUCACCAUGGCCUUUGAUACCACAACCGGUUAUUCCUGGGUUCGUGGAUCUCGGUGCAAGACUGAAAACUGCCUUGAUCGCUGUACCUAUUACUCUAGACGCUCCGAUACCGUUACUUCUCUUGGCAAGAAAUUCUCAGUCGAAUACGGAGAUGCCUGUGUCGAUACUCACGUUUACCUUGACACCUUUAACUUUGCUGGUCUCACUGUUGAGAACAUGCCCUUUGGUGGUGCUUACCGCAUGAGUGGUUUCGUCGAUGGCUUUGAUGGUUAUCUCGGUCUUGGUCGUGAUGUGAACUUUACUCAGACCAAGAUUAAGUCUUCUGCUGCUUAUGGUCUCAACAAGCGAGAUGUUGCCAUCCCUGCUUCUGCCUUUGUUGAAAACGCUUACCAGCAGGGUUCUGGUAUUGAGAGUCUGCAAUUCGGCAUGUACACCACCUCCACCGAGGACGAUGGUUUCAGCCAGUCUGGUGUUGUCACUCCUGAACCCACUAUUGUAACCAACGCUGAUGGUUCGGUCACUACCACAAAUGCUGACGGUUCUACCUCUACCACUGCUACCGACGGUACAAUCACCACCACUCCUGCCACUAUUGUAACCAACGCUGAUGGUUCGGUCACCACCACAAAUGCUGACGGUUCUACCUCUACCACUGCUACCGACGGUACAAUCACCACCACUCCUGCCACCGUUACUACUCCUGUCGAUACUACCACUUCCGCAACCACAGAUAACACUGUUUCGUCUGGUGGUUUCGGUUUCGUCAAGCGUCACAACCAGAAGGUUGAUGGUUACCUUGUUCUCGGUGGUGUUGACACCAGUGUCAUUGAAGGCGAUGUCAACUACUUGCCUCUUUCCAACAACCCUGACGGUGGACCCAAGAACUGGGAAGUCUGCAUUCGUGAUGCCAACUUUGGUUCUAAGCUCAACUUGAAGCAGCAGAUUGGUGCCAUUGCUGCCAUCAGUACCUCUUCCGAAUACAUUUCCAUGCCUGCCCACCAAGCCGAUGCUUUCCACAAGAAGUUCGGGGGAACCUACUAUGCUACCACAAAGACCUACAGCAUCAAGUGCUCCAAGAUCAAGGAUCUCCCUCCCCUCAAGUUGCAGUUGGAGACCCACAUUGUUGAAAUUCCCGCAUCAUACUGGACCCGUGAGAUCGACAACGGCCGUGAUUGCUGUGCCACUCGUAUCAGCCGUGGCAGCUCUGACAGAGACUGGGUCCUCGGAUCCAGCUUCACCAAUGCUUUCUACACCACCUUUGAUACCGAAAACGACACCCUUGGCUUGGCUAUCAAGAAGGGCACCAGUGCUUCCGGUCUCAAGAUCUACAAGAAGAACAAGAAGGCAUAAGCAAACAUAAAAAAAAGAAUAAAAAAUGACAGACAAGACAUAAAGAAGUUUGAUUUUUUUUAUUACUUUAUUAUAUAUAUAAUAACCAAACCCAUCAAUCAAAAAUGUUAUUAUUUGCUAGCAAAUAAUAAUAUUAGUAAUAGUAAUAACAAUAGCAAUAGUAAUAGUAAUAAUAUUAAAAAAAAACCUCCCAAAUUCUUUUUCGUCGUCUAUCUUUUUUUUUAUAAAUCAACAUAUCUAACUACUUCUUUUUCUCUAUCCUUAUCUUUAUACACUUCUUUAUUUAUUUAUUUAAUGUGAUAAAUGUUCACAAAAUGUUCCUUUCUUUUCUCUUCUCUUCUUUAUAUACCUAUUUAAAUUAUUCUUACUAUAACAACAAAAAAGAAACUAUAAAAAAAUAUUACAGAAAGAUAAAAUAUCAAAUUUUACCAG